CAUUGGCUCCGAGGGCUCAGAAGCUGUCAGCUUGGCUGGAAGACGGACAAAUCUUUCCUCCCCGGGGUAGAAUCCGGGGCUGGGAAAUUGGUUCCUAACUCCGCGGAACACAGCGCCAAGCGACGCCGGGUCACGUGGGCGGCGGUCCCCCAUGACGUACGGGCUGCGGAGCGUCACCGCGACGUUCGGGCGACCUGCCGAGUGGCCCAGCUACCUCCGCCACCUGUGUGGCCGCAGUGCUGCCAUGGACCUGGGACCCAUGCGCAAGAGUUACCGCGGGGACCGAGAGGCAUUUGAGGAGGCUCAUCUGACUUCCCUGGACCCAAUGAAGCAAUUUGCUGCCUGGUUUGAGGAGGCUGUUCAGUGUCCUGACAUAGGGGAAGCCAACGCCAUGUGUCUGGCUACCUGUACCAGAGAUGGAAAACCCUCUGCUCGUAUGUUACUGCUGAAGGGCUUUGGCAAGGAUGGCUUCCGCUUCUUCACGAACUUUGAGAGUCGAAAGGGAAAAGAGCUGGACUCUAAUCCCUUUGCUUCCCUUGUCUUCUACUGGGAGCCCCUUAACCGUCAGGUACGCGUGGAGGGCCCCGUGAAGAAGCUGCCUGAGGAGGAGGCUGAGAGCUACUUCCACUCCCGCCCCAAGAGCAGCCAGGUUGGGGCUGUGGUCAGUCACCAGAGCUCUGUGAUCCCCGAUCGGAAGUAUCUAAGAAAGAAAAAUGAGGAACUGCAGCAACUCUACCAGGAACAAGAGGUGCCUAAGCCAAAAUACUGGGGUGGCUACAUCCUGUAUCCGCAGGUGAUGGAGUUCUGGCAAGGCCAAACCAACCGCCUGCAUGACCGGAUUGUCUUUCGGCGGGGCCUACCUACGGGAGAUUCCCCCUUGGGGACCAUGACCCACCGCGGAGAGGAAGACUGGCUCUAUGAGAGACUCGCACCUUGACUAUGGGGUCCGCCGGCCAGAGUGGAGCUGGGGCUGGGUGCUACGAGAGUGUGGGAUUGGGAACCAGGUCCUUCUUUGUAAACUCAGUUCAUUUCACUUCUU